CCAUCAAUGCCUCAACAGAAUAAGGCGGAACAUUUUGAACAUCUAUUGUGUAAUAACUGUGAUGAUAUUUUUACUUCGGAUAUUUGUGUGUGGGGAAUGAAUCAGAGGACCUUGAGUUUCCAAGAAAUUACUAGAGGGUUCUCAAACCUUGCUCGACGCAACUCUUUACGAAGAACUCUUGGGAGAAACAACACCCUGUCAGACAGUCAACCACACAUCCUCAAUAAGACACUGGCUGUUUCAGAUGGCGAAUUGAAUGUGCUGGAGAUCGAUGAGCGUACAGCUACACAGUACUCCAGCAGUAACUCCAGCCUGCCCACUGUACCUAGCGAGGGGGCGAGAGGGGUGGGUCAGGUGGCCAGCUGGGCCGUCAGCUUUGAGAGACUACUGGAAGAUCCUACAGGCGUGCACUAUUUCACAGCGUUUCUGAAAUCUGAGGUCAGUGCUGAGAACAUCUUAUUCUGGCUGGCAUGUGAAAAGUUUCGCAAGAUACCUGCCAGUCAAACUGAGCAGUUGAAGAGAGAGGCUCUAUCAAUUUACAACAGCUUCCUGUCCAGCAACGCGACAAGUCCCAUCAAUAUAGAUGACAGGGUACGAGUGGAGGAAAAAGACAUACAAAACCCCCAUUCUGACAUUUUUCAAAAGGCCCAGCAACAGAUCUUCAAGCUGAUGAAGUUUGACAGCUAUACUCGCUUUGUGCGCUCUCAGCUCUAUCAGAGCUGCAUGCUGGCUAAUGUGGAGGGCAGGCCUCUGCCCGGGCUGGACUCUCGUGGAAAACCCAUCACUUCAACAAAACACACCAGCAGUACUUCACCCAGAGAGCAAGCCAAGACUGACAACAGAAAUAAGGAGUUAAAGGUCAAGUCAGGAACAGCGGAGUCUGAUGAUGGGGUAGAGAGGAGAAAGAUCAGUCUGCAAGGCUUGACUGGAAAGGACAAGCGGAAAGAAAAGAGAAGCUCCUGGGGAGAAUCCCCAAAUGCCUUCAAGUGUGGAUUGAAGAGUUUAGAGGUUGAGAAAUUAGUAGCACACUCUGCAGAAGGAAAGACUGAUAAGUACUGCUGUGUCUUCCUGCCUGAUGGCACAGCCUCUCUGACCCCGGCCCGACCUGGCCUCACUGUCCGCAGCAUGCUCACCGGCUUGUGUGAGAAAAGAGGCCUUCCUUUGAAAGACAUUAUCAUCUAUCUGCAAGGCAAAGACAAGAAACCCCUGUCUUUGGACCAGGACAGCUCUUUGCUUAAGGACCAGCAGGUGUUUUUAGAACUGAGGGUUACUUUUGCAGUGAAGGUAGCAUUUGCAGGGAAGACAGUGGCUGUUGUGGUGAAGUCCAAUAAGACCCUGCAGGACGCACUUGCAACAAUGCUUCAAAAAUACCGCCUCAGGCCACAGGACGCCACUGUCACUAUGAGUGGAAGUGGACAGAUCAUAAAUAUGAACACAGCAGUCACCUCUCUGGCCAAUAAGACACUAAUUCUUGAUAGAGGUGUUGAUCAUCAGGCCAGCAGCUCAAAGGGCACCUUCUCACCUUCUUCAUUACAAGAUCGAAGAGGUGCUGUGGAUGCAAACAUGUUCCCUCCAGGAGUAUCCAGAUCAACUGCAAGACAGAGGAACCCUGGAUUGAGGAGAACAUAUGACAUGGAGGGUUUGGUGGAGUUGUUAAACCGAGCCCAGUGUUGCAGUGCUGAUGAUCAGAGAGGUCUCCUGAAGAAAGAACAUUUGAUGAUACCUCAGUUUCUCCAGUUAGGAGAUGAAGUGGAAGAAACAGAGACAAGCAGAUCACUGGAGUCCUGCUCCAGCAUGGGGUCUUUCGAAGCGAGUUCUCCUGCUGCUUCAAUACAAGCAGACCCAUUAGAGGAGAGACUGUCUGAAAGUGGGAGCUCUAAUCCAGCUCGAGAAACUGUGGUGUGAGCUAUAGUUGAAUGGUCGUGUUGCAUCCUUUGCUUCAAUGAUAAGUCACACAACAUAAUACAGGAUGUUUGAGUAAUGUGAAUGUGUGAUGAUCUUUAAAGUCCACAUGAAACCAAAAUUGACCCUAUUCACUUACUUAAUACACAGUCCUGGUCUUAUUGUGCAUAAUUCAUUGGUGCAUGUUAUUCAAAAGAGAAAACAUUUUGUCUUCACAUUCUUUCAUCUUUCGCCCCUAAAAUGGCAUUUUGGUAUAAAACCACUUUUCAUGAUGCAAUCAAUUCCGAAUGGUCUUCAUUUAGACUUUAAUUAUGGACACUUGUCGUUGGGACUUUUUUGAUAACAGGAAAUGCUAUGAAAUAUUGUUUACAGUAGAUGUGAUUCUGCACAAUGUUAAUGCCCAGCUGCUUGUAUUUAUUUCAAAUUGAUUGACCUAACAACAAUACAGUUUGUUUUCAUGAAGACAUGGCUUGCAUUGUACUUGCUUUAAAGGUUUCAUUUGAGUUUGUUGAAACCUAAACAAGUUCAAGGUUGACAAAUGGUCUAAAUCAGUGGUAAAAAAAAGUCGUUCCAGGUCUGUUCUUAUAGGGUUAUGGACAGCAAAGACAAAAACAAUGCUAAGUGCAAGAAAUAAAAUGCAACUUAACAUAUAAGUAAGGGAUAACCCAUGGCUAGUUGUGUGUUAAAUAAUUUUAAUGCAUGAUGUGGAGGCAAAGAACCUCCUGGCACGAAGCGUGUGUGUUAAUCGUUUAACGCACACAUAGCCGUGGAUAAUCCCACUUUUACCAUGGUCUCUUGCCAGCAUCGAGUAGUUAUAGCGGUUAUUGAUUUUCACAGCACAAAUUUUGACUUGUUGAAUAAAAAUAAUAGUUAUUAAAUUUAGAGUUGUUCCUGUUCUAAAUCAGUCACAGAGGUAAAGUAGUGUGAUAAUAUUACAUUUAUUUGAAUUAAUACUUUCCUUACAAGUGCUUUUGGAGAGUAAUACGGGGCAGAUGAACACUGUUGUCUUUUCCGUGUUUCCUGUAGUGCUUCACAUUUGAUAUAAAGAUGGAACUGCAUGACUUGAUGAUGUUGUUUUGGUAUGUGACUGUGUGAUGUAAUCCCAGCUAUGAGACUA